CACAAGAAAUGGCGUUGUUUGAUCGAUAUCGUGAAACAUUUGUGGCUAAACUGCCCUCAGAAUGAUUAUUACAUGUGUGUCGUUACGAGCCAUAAGAAUAAUGUUGAGGAAAGUGGUCAAAUGCCGAUCUCCGAGUUGGAUUCUACGCGACGAAAAGAUCGAUAAUGUGCAGCACAUUAGCCUCGCUCCCGAAGUUCAGCGAGAAUUGGGUUGUUUGGUCGGCGAGCAUGUAUUUCUGGAAUAUCCUUGGGCCUAUGUGCCGCGAGAAACUGUUUUGAGAUUUGCCAAUGUAACGGGCUCAUCGCUGGAAUCAUAUCGAGACAAGAUUGAAGCUUAUAGUAGCGAUACUUUCCUCAUAGGUUAUUCAUCAACUCGAUUGAUUGCUCGCGACUUUGUCAUCUGCUUGACAGAAGAUGCAAAGUCAGCGAUACUGGAAAGAAACGCCGACGUCAGCAAGAGAAUCCGGAGUAAAAUUAUCCACAAAAUCAGGAAGACCGGCAGAUCUUGGAAGUCGCUCGGAAGUGAGACAGCGUUAGAUGGGAGUUUGAUCAGAAAUACGAGAGAAUUUUUCGAGAUGCAAAUAUGCUUUCCGAUCAAGUCUUUGGGCUUAAAUCGAAACCUCUGUGAUAGAUUUUCAGAGAAAUCUUGGGAUAGUUACGUAGAAUUAAUUCCAUACGAGGAAUUCGAGAAUAUCGAAAAGAAAUGCAUUUCUAGAAUGAUCCAAACGCACUUUGAGCCUCGAGAAAUCCAAGUGCAAACUUAUCCCGGUUAUCCCAAGAACGCCUGGACUCAAUAUAUCUACGAAGAUACUCUAAGGCCGGAUAUCGAUAAUGGUGAAUUUGGAAAAAAGGAAAAAGGAUCAACUGAGGAGAAAUCGGAGGAGUUGGAAGAGAAGAGAGAGAGCGAGGGGUCUAAAGAGAUGUUUGAUGUCAAAAUGGAAAAGAAGCCAGUGGAGAGCAAAAGUUUAUUGGCGCUCUUCUUGGAAGAUCAUGCGCAAGUAAUGAUUGAUGCCGUAUGCUAUAACACGGUCGUAAACGUACACAUAGACGAUAUCGAGACACUUGCACAGCAAAAGUUUGAAAUAAUUCGGCUGCGGGAUGAGAUCACUUACGUAGACCGAUCCUCCCUCGUCGAUUUACGCUUGACGAUAGGCAAGGUUAUCUCCGACGUUUCCUGGCAUCCGUGUCUCAUCGAUUAUGUGGCUAUUUCCUACGUUACCGUACCGUUGCAGGAAGUUAUCCGUUUCUCGUCGGAUAUCGAGUAUAACAUUAUGUCAAAAACGGAGCCAAUAGUAUUGUUGUGGUCUCUCACGGACUCUCUUCGGCCACGACUGUUAUUGCGAUGCGACCAGGAAAUUUACUGUAUCUCCUUUUGCCCGACGAACGGUGACUUUGUAAUCGGCGGUUCCGCAUCGGGACAAGUAGUUGUUUGGAAUAUUCACGAACAAAUAGAAAAUCGAGCAGACAUUAAGCUCGAGUUUUGCAUUCAAGAUGUUGUAGCGAUAAUGUCUGAUCGAAAUUAUUCACACGAACUGCCAAUUCGUCAAAUACAAUGGCUUCCUGAUAAUUACAGGAUAGAACCAUCCGGAAAACUAACGAAACUAUCCACUUGUACGAGUUGUCAGUUUAUGACGAUUUCCGAGGAUGGUACCGUUGCUAUUUGGGAUCUUUUGAGAUACUCCAUUAUCUCCCAGCUGAAACCAAGUGAUUGCAAGAUUCUUGAUGAAUUUUUUCGACCGACAUAUCGCUUGAAUGUUCGACCUUAUAACGAUCCAUUUUUCACACCUCUUUACUUGUGUCUUCCAUCAGUCUGCAUUUUUCAAGAAGGCGGUAAGCGUUAUGAUGAGUUGGAUUUCACGGGUAAAGAUGACACAAAGAGAUUAUGGAUUGGUACGACGCAGGGACACUUCGUUUGUUGCACCUGGGAGAGCCAGAUGUUUGACGUGGAAACAUCCGGUGUAGACGAGUGCAAGCUUCUAGAUUGCACUUUUGCACACGAUGGUCCUGUUGCAGCGAUUCUACGAUCGCCGCAUUUUUCGGACAUUCUGCUGACGAUGGGCGGUCACAUUUUUGCUAUUUGGAAAGACGAUCACUUAAACUUUCCAGUGUUCAGACGAAAAUCCGAUUGGGCGUAUACCGCAUGUUGCUGGAGUAAUCAUCCAGGAAUUUUCCUAAUGGGUACUAGUCUGGGCGAUCUGGAAAUUUGGGAUAUCGAAAGAAAGGCAAACAAACCAGUGCUCAUGCAAACUAUUUCCAGAAAGCCGAUAACUCUUUUGUCACUUCGGGGAUUGUGUAAACAAGACUUCAAACUAAUCGGCGCUGGUGAUUGCAACAGCGUCUUUCGUAUUUUUGAGGAACCAGCGGAGAUUAAAGAUGACAUACUUAAAAAAGUGGACUGGUUCGAAGAAUAUAUAUGGAGAGAAGUAAGAAGAAAAAAAAUGUUUUCUUCGUGGCAGAAAGAUUUUCUCCAAAACGAUGCGACCAUCGUUGCUAGAAGGCAAGCAAGAGCGGACGAGGAACGCAGGUUAAAACUCGAAAUGACAAGGAUAAAACUUCACAGAGAACAUGAGGAACGAUUAAGAUUGGAAGCUGAAGAGAAAAUACGUAAAAUGCCAAAAUCUAAAGAUAUUAUGUGGAAACUGCGACAGCAAGAAAGGAUGAAAAAGGUUCUUUUAGAGAAGAAGAAAUUUGUAUCACAAGAAUUAGAAGAAAAAAGAUCGCCGCUGAUUCGUUUAACUGAAGAGAGAAAUAUCAAAAUGAACAAAGGAAGGAACAAAGUUGCAUUUCGAGACAAAUAUUUUGAUCAUCUUGUUUCUCUCGAGUUCUCUGAUUACGAUCACAAUUUGAAAGAAAGAGGCCAAAACUCAAAACAAAGACAUGAAAUAGUAGAAGAUGAAAAAAUAAUUAAUAUAUAUUUGCAAGAGUUUUAUAAAAUCAGGGAUGAGAUGCAUGGCAUAAUAGCAAAGAAACCAUUUUAAAAUUUGAUUGAAAUACUUGCAUAAAGAAAAGGAAGAAAAGGCUAUACAAAAUGUAAAGAAUUCGUAAAUGCAAAUGCAAAGCUUGCAAAAUUCUCUUAAGAGAAGUGAUUUCAAGUUUGCCUAAUGAUAAUUAAGAUUGUAUGAAUUGAUAAGAUAAGAUACGAUAAUUCGACGAGUAGCCGAAAAAUAUUCUAGGG